AUGACUGACGGGCGGGGGGACGUCGGUGCCGUCAGGCGGAGGGAGUACGCACAGAUCGCCACAGAAAUGCACAUCAUCCCUCAGCGUGCAGCGGCUACACGGGAGCCCGAGGCGUACACCGGGGCACGGGGAGGGCUCGCUUCGGAGACAGGGGGAGUUCUCUCCGAUGGGAAGGUAACAGCGGCCCUGGAGUAUACCCCCAAAGAACGGAUGUUCCUUGAGGCGGCUGAAAAGGGAGACAAAGCGACCCUCAUGCGUUGCCUCCAGCCGCCCAGCCCGGUCAACGUCAACGUCACCAACAUGGUGGGGCGCAGCGCCCUGACCAUGGCAGUGGACAACGAGAACAUCGAGAUCGUGGAACUGCUACUGGGACAGCCUGACAUAAAGAUCGGUAACGCGCUGCUGUACGCCAUCCGGGAGGGUGUGUACCGCAUUGUGGAGAUGAUGGUCAACCAUCCCAGCAUCACGCCGAACAUGCUCGGUGAGGAGUGGUGUAACACGAUCGACCCUGGGGAGGAGUGUUUCGACUACUCCCCGGACAUCUCCCCCGUUAUCCUGGCCGCGCAGCUCAACCAGUUCGAGAUCCUGCAGCUGCUGCUGUCACAGGGCGCCAACAUCUCUAAGCCGCACAACCUGACGUGCGAAUGUGACAGCUGCACGGAGCGGAUCAAGGCUGAUAGCCUGCGGUACUCGCUGCACCGCAUCAGCACGUACCGGGCCCUGGCCUCGCCCGCCUGGAUCUCCCUCACCUCCACCGACCCCAUCCUCACCGCCUUCCGCCUCAGCUGGGAGCUCUUCAACCUCGCACAGCUCGAGAACGAGUUCAAGGAACCAUAUCUGGAGCUGGUAGAGGAGUGCCGAACGUAUGCCGUACAGCUGCUGGACCAGUGCCGCAGCUCGGAGGAGGUUAUCGCCGUUCUCAACCAGGAGGAAGGUGCACAGGAUGACGAAGAUGAAGAAAAACUCUCCCUGAACAGGCUGAAACUCGCGCUGAAGUAUGAACAGAAACAGUUCGUGUCACAUCCGCACUGCCAGCAGCUGCUGACCACCAUCUGGUACGAGAGCCUGCCGGGGUGGCGCAAGCGGAACAUCUUCACCAAGGUGUUCAUCCUGAUGUCCCUCAUCAGCCUGCUGCCCUUCAUGGCGUUCUACUACAUCCUGCACCCGCGCAGUAAGGUCGGCCGCUUCAUGAGGAACCCUUUCAUGAAGUUCCUCAGCCAGUCCGGUUCGUUCGCGGUGUUCCUGAUCCUGCUGACCAUGGCCUCCCCCCGGGAAGAGAACAUGACCAACAGGCGCGGCCCGCCGCCAUCCACCGUGGAAGUCCUCAUCGUCUUCUACGUAGCAGGUAUGGUGUGGAAUGAAUGCAAGCAGCUGUGGGAGGAGGGACUACAUUCUUACGUGCGAGAGUGGUGGAAUUGGAUGGACUUCAUGAUGAAUUCACUCUACCUCGCAACAAUAUCCCUCCGCCUGGUCGCCUAUGUCCGCAUCACGUCAGAACGCAGUUUCUGGCCACCUGAUGACCCCACCCUGAUCUCAGAAGGACUGUUUUCUGUUGCCAAUGUCUUCAGCUUCUUUCGAAUAAUAUACCUGUUUCAAGCCAACCCCCAUCUUGGGCCGCUGCAGAUCUCCCUAGGCUGCAUGCUGAUCGAUAUCGGCAAGUUCCUGUCGGUGUUCUUCCUGGUGCUGAUGUCCUUCGCCUUCGGUCUCAACCAGCUGUACGGUUUCUACGCCGACACGGAAGAGUGCCUGAGCGAGGGGGACGCCUGUCAGAAAAACCCAACGGAAUUUCUAACCCUAGGCUCGUCGUUCCAAGCGCUGUUCUGGUCUCUGUUCGGCCUGACGCCCCUCACCACCCUGGAGCUGAAGGAGGGGCACCGCUUCGUCAUCUCUGUCGGCUCGCUGCUGCUCGGCGCCUACCACAUCGCCGCCAUCAUCAUGCUGCUCAACAUGCUCAUCGCUAUGAUGUCCACCUCCUUCCAAGAAGUAGAGAACCAUGCGGAUUUGGAGUGGAAGUUUGCCAGAACCAAGCUGUGGCUGGGGUACUUCGACGAGGGCUCGACCCUCCCACCGCCGUACAACAUCAUCAUCACUCCCAAAUCUAUGUACUAUUUCAUCAAGACCAUCAGGAGGAGCCUGAGUUCCCGGCGGGAUGGGCCCCCUCCUCCCCCCGCAGGAGCCGCUCAGCAGCACCCGGCAGACACCAGCACAGACCCGCCUGCUGAAUCGGAAGAGUCCGUGAUGCAGCGGCUGGUGCGGCGGUACAUCCACCGGUACAAGCAGGCACAGAGCACCGACGGGGUCAGCGAGGACGACCUAGCCGAGAUCAAACAGGACAUUUCAAGCCUAAGGUUUGAGUUGCGUGAGGACCGGAGGAAGGAGGCCGCCCGGGGGAACAUGCAGAUCGAGCAGUUCAAGCGGGAUGUGUGCCGGAUGCUGAAGGGAACCACCCCGAGCGGCAGAGUCUCCCCGGCCCCCUCCCACCUACCUGUCGGACAGCUAUCCCAUCAGCCCUCGCUGGAGAUGGAUGAUACCAACAUGCCACUCGGUUUGGAGGAAAUCGACCUGUUACGGCGAGAGAUCACCUCGAGUCUGCGGAGUGAUCUGUACUCGGUUAUGCGGGAACUACUUUCCGAGCAGCGGAAUGUGCGGUUUGAAGGUGGAGGUAAUCCACCGGCCCCGUCUUACCAACCGGCCUCAUCACAGCUGUACCAGACGCAGUUAUACACGGAGCUGUAAUGUCCUAACAUAUAAAGGGGGCUUCUAGGGACGGAUAUUACUCUUGAAGCAUUAAGAAGCGCGCAGGAAAAAAUGUUCUGAAAUGUUCUUCAAAGUUGUACAUGCUUACCUCAACUGAGCCAUCAUGUUUAUAUAAAGCAAAGCGUACUAGACUAUAGUUCAAUUUCACUAGCAAUAUAAUACAUAAGCAAUACUAGAAAGGUAAUAUUUUCAAAGCAGAUGC